AAGAAGAAGAAGAAGAAGAAGAAGAACCGGAAGCUACCAUAAGAUCCAGUCGGAGUGAACCAGCAGAGCCUGUAUGUUUGGAUAAACCUGUUGAAGCGGACUUUGUGUGAACUUUCGGGAUGUUUCACCGCAGACUCAUCUCCUGUUAGCCAAGAAUGCUAAAGGAAGUUAGCGCAGCUUGCUAGCAGGAAGUAGACGGAGCCGGAGCUCGGCCUCACAGUGCUAGUCGGAGUAGCUUCGAUAGAGACCAAACUGUAUUUUUCACGGAAUCUGCUGCUGUGAAGCUGUGAAAAUGUCUAAAGUCCAAACGCUGAGAGCUUUUGUCAGCCAGAGACUAAGUGCGGCUGCUGAAGAGAUAUUUGAGCUGUUUGAAAGAACGAUAGCAGAGUACGAGGAGGAACUUUGUGGACAACGCAAACUACUGGACGCUGUUUUCCAGCCUGAAGUCCGGCUGCACAGAGCAGACGUCCAGCUGCUGUCGGUGAGUAAAGAAGAGGAUCCCCCUGAGCAGCAGGACUGGAGCCCCAGUCUGGACCAGGAGGAUCCACCAGAGCCCCCACACAUUAAAGAGGAACAGGAGGAGCUCUGGACCAGUCAGGAGGGAGAGCAGCUUCGAGGGCUGGAGGAGGCCGAUAUCAUCAAGUUCACAUUCACUCCUGUCCCUGUGAAGAGUGAAGAAGACGAUGAAGAGAAACCUCAGUCCUCACAGCUUCAUCAAAGACUCACUGAACAGAUGAAAACAGAAGCUGAUGGAGAGAACUCUGGAGGACCAGAACCAGCCAGGAACUCAGAUCCAGAUAGACAUUUACAACCAGCUACUUAUGACAAGAUGCCCGACUCCUCUGAAUCUGAGACUGAUGACACCUGUGAUUGGUUGGAGACCAGGGAACCCCCGUCAGGUUUAAACCCUCUGCAAAACAAUGAAGUACCUGUAAGUGAUCAGGAAUGUAAUACUGGAAAAACAUCAAGUAGCUCCUCUGAAUGUGCUUCAAGCUUUGGCCACAAAGGACAUCUGCAGGAACAAGAUGGACUCCAAACAGGAGAGAAACCAUAUAGUUGUUCAGUUUGUGGUAAAAGAUUUAGACACAAGUUAAGUCUGACAGACCACAUGAGAAUCCACACAGGGGAGAAACCCUUCAGUUGUUCUGUCUGUGGUAAAAGAUUCACACAAAACUCACAUCUGACCACACAUUUAAGAGUUCAUACCGGAGAAAAACCUUUCACAUGCUUAGUUUGUAAAACAAGUUUCAGUAGCAGAGGCCAUUUGUCCAGACACAUAAGAAUUCACACAGGAGAGAAACCAUUUAGUUGCUCAGUUUGCAGUAAAAGAUUUAUACAAAAGGGAAGGCUGACAGACCACAUGGUAGUCCACACAGGAGAGAAACCAUUUAGUUGUUCUGUCUGUGGUACAAGUUUUGCACGAAAGGAAUAUCUGAGACUACACAUGAGAAUCCACACAGGGGAGAAACCCUUCAGUUGUUCUGUCUGUGGUAAAAGAUUCACACAAAGAUCAACUUUGACCCAACACUUAAGAGUUCAUACAGGAGAAAAACCUUUCAGCUGCUCAGUUUGUAAAACAAGUUUUGGUAACAGAGGCUAUUUGUCCACACAUAUGAGAAUCCACACAGGGGAGAAACCAUUUAGUUGCAGCGUUUGUGAUAAAGGAUUCACACGGCUUUAUAUUUUCAAAAAACACAAGUGUGCUGGUGAGAGCAGCGGCAGUAAAUGAAGCUGCAGAGAUGCUUGUUGAGCCGAUUCUUUCCUGCAGGAUUUGAAGUACUGAGGGCAAGACUUGGAUCAACACUGAUCAGUUCAAAACCGUGAUACAGACUCCAAAAUAAGUCGUGCUUCAUCUUUUCAGCUGAGAUGAAGCUACAUGAUCAUUUUAAUUCUGUUUUUAUUUGUGUCUACAUUAUUUGGUUGUUUUCCAGGAACUGUGCUUUUUGGUUUUACGUGUAUUCAUUGAUUUAAAACUGGCUAAAAGUGUUUUAUGUCGCCUAUACAACACUAUGGUCAACAUUUGUUGUUUUUAAAAUGUGAUUUAUAAAUAAAAUGACUUGACUUA